GGAUUCCGCCCCCCCGGGGGCCCCUCACCCCGGCCUCCAGCCCCCGCGGACGCUCCAGCGCUGGCCGGGCCGAUGAGCGGCCAUGGCCGCGGCUAUCGCCAGCUCGCUGAUCCGGCAGAAGCGGCAGGCCCGGGAGUCCAACAGCGAGCGGGUGACCACGUCCAAGCGCCGCUCCAGCCCCAGCAAGGACGGGCGCUCCCUGUGCGAGAGACACGUGCUGGGCGUCUUCAGCAAAGUGCGCUUCUGCAGCGGCAGGAAACGGCCGGUUCGCCGGAGACAAGAACCCCAGCUGAAAGGAAUUGUGACAAGGUUAUUCAGCCAGCAGGAAUACUUCCUGCAGAUGCACCCAGAUGGUACGAUUGAUGGGACCAAGGACGAAAACAGCGACUACACUCUCUUCAAUCUAAUUCCCGUGGGCCUUCGUGUGGUGGCGAUCCAGGGAGUGAAAGCAGGUCUCUACGUCGCCAUGAACGGUGAGGGAUAUCUCUACAGCUCAGAGAUUUUCACACCAGAGUGCAAAUUUAAGGAAUCGGUCUUUGAAAACUACUACGUUAUUUAUUCUUCCACAUUGUACCGACAGCAGGAGUCUGGACGAGCGUGGUUCCUGGGGCUCAACAAAGAAGGUCAAAUUAUGAAGGGGAACCGGGUGAAAAAAACCAAACCCUCGUCACAUUUUGUACCCAAACCCAUUGAAGUGUGCAUGUACAGAGAGCCAUCGCUGCAUGAAAUUGGAGAAAAACAAGGACGCUCAAGAAAAAGUUCAGGGACACCAACUAUGAACGGAGGCAAAGUUGUUAACCAGGACUCGAUAUAACUGACAAACAGCCCUCUCCCUCUCUUCCAAUUCUUCCCUUCCCCUCACCUCCCCACCCCGCCGGCGAAACCACACCAAGACGACAAUAAACUGAGCAAGGCAGGACCUACCGGUAGCGGCUAGGAUUCUGAACUCAAAAAUCUUUCUUCGUGUAGGACGAGGAAAUCAACUCCUAAAUCUUGCCUGUUGCAACGUUUCAAAAAAAAACGAAGAAAAAAUGUUUUAAAUCAGGACUCCAUUAACAUUUUAAAUGCAACUGUUUGCUCUUUGAUCAAAAGGAAAAAUCUCUUCUCUGCAUAGUAAUAAUAAAUAAUUAUUAACUAAUACAUAAUAAUAAUAACAAUAAAGAUGUUACCUUUAAAAA